AUGCAAUGUUCUGCUUUGAGAAAGAACGGACAUGUUGUCAUUAAGAGCAGACCAUGUAAAAUUGUUGAAAUGUCUACUUCCAAAACUGGUAAGCACGGUCAUGCUAAGGUUCACUUAGUCGCUUUGGAUAUCUUUACUGGUAAGAAAUUGGAAGAUUUGUCUCCAUCUACCCACAACAUGGAUGUUCCUAAUGUCACUAGACAAGAGUAUCAAUUAUUGGACAUUGAUGAUGGUUACUUGUCUUUGAUGACUCAGGAUGGUGACACCAAGGACGAUGUCAAAAUUCCAGAAGGCGAAUUAGGUGACAAGAUUCAAUCCGAAUUCGAUGAAGGUAAAGAUUUAUUGGUUACUAUCAUUUCUGCUAUGGGUGAGGAAGCUGCUAUUUCAUUCAAGGAAGCCCCAAAGUUGUAA